AAGCCUUGGGAGCAGUCAGUCCAGGGAGGCUGGUUGACCUGAGCUGGGCCGUUGCCUGGGGUAUAGCUCCAUUUGUUCAUUAACAAACAUUUGCCGCCUCCUACUACAUGCCUGACACUGCGUGACAGUCAUAGAUGUCACGGAUGACAGUCACUGAGUCCAUGGCUGGGCAUGAAUGUCGAGGUCGUCACUUGGCGGUGUGCUUAUUUCCUGGGUGCAAUAUGUUUCUCUGGUGGUGAACGUAGCCAGCGAAUGUGGCUUCACAGACGAGAACUACCGAGCCCUGCAGCAGCUGCAGCGGGACCUGGGUCCCUACCAUUUUAACGUGCUCGCCUUCCCUUGCAACCAGUUUGGCCAACAGGAACCAGACACCGACAGGGAGAUUGAGAACUUUGCCCGCCGUACCUACAGUGUCUCUUUCCCCAUGUUUAGCAAGAUCGCAGUCAUCGGCACUGGUGCCCACCCUGCCUUCAAAUACCUGACCCAGACUUCUGGGAAGGAGCCCACCUGGAACUUCUGGAAGUACCUAGUGGCCCCAGACGGAAAGGUGGUGGGGGCUUGGGAUCCAACUGUGCCCGUGCAGGAGAUCAAGCCGCGGAUCACGGAGCUGGUGGCAAAGCUCAUUCUUCAGAGACGAGCAGAGUUGUGAUCCGGUUUUCUCUUCCCCACCAUUCCUGUCCCUCAGUAAUCUCAAGUGGUGCUUCAUAGGCAGAAAGCCUGGGCUUCUCAUCCCUUCGGUCACAUAAAGGAAGAAGUCUAAGACUUGAAUGAUUUGAAUCCAAGAGCAAAGAAUAGGAACUCCUGGCCAAUGAGAGUUCUUAACAGCCAAUCAGUGGCCACUAGGCCGACAGCCAAAAGAAACAUGGCAGGCUAUGAGAAACCAUGAAGAAGGGUAUGAAGCAAUCAUCCCCUAGCCAGACUUCUGUAAAGGGGAGCCAAGUCUUACCUCACGGGAAGGCUGUGAGGAUUAGCAUCUAAUACCUGUGAACGUGCCUGGGGCAGUGUUAGCCAAAGAUGAAGCAUUCAACACAUGUUUCUGCCUAUAAACAAAGCAGUACUUGUGAUAAUAAAACUUGAACUCAACACGGAUUUCUAGCCAAAGGAAAUCUAGGCCAAA